AUGCCGUCAAUCCUCAGUGACGACGACCGCGAGAUCGUCAAGCGCUUCGUACCGAAGCAAACCAAUAAGAUUCAUGCCGUCGCCGUGGCUAGGCUCUACGUAGCCCAUCCCAACCGAUCGAAAUGGACAUAUACAGGCUUGCAGGGUGCUGUCGUGCUGGCGAAUGACCUUGUCGGCAACACCUACUGGGUCAAGAUGGUGGACAUCUCGCCCGGAAACCGGGGCGUGAUAUGGGAUCAGGAAAUAUAUGAAAACUGGAGUUACAACCAAGACCGCGUCUUCUUUCACACCUUCGAACUGGAAGAAUGUCUGGCCGGAUUAUCCUUCGUCGACGAGAAGGAGGCAAAACAAUUCUUGAAGAAGAUGAACGACCGGGAAAAGAAUGCCAGCAAAGCAACACUGAAGACGCCAUUCGGAGGAGCGGCACCCUCGAACCACCACAAGCACCAUGGAUUGUUUGGGGGCCUUUUCGGAGGACAUCGACACUCGUCAGCCCCCACGCCGCCCGAAUCGCCGCGAGUGUCCGCUCCGGUAAGAGACAACCGGUCAGGGAGCGUGAACGGGAUUUUCAUUGUCGACUUUCUCAAGGAGGAACAGGCAGCCCAGGCCAACCAGCAGGUGAACUCACCUCCCCCGCCUCCUCCACCCCCUUCCAAUCCGCCCGGAGGCAAUCUGAGAGCGCCGCCCCCGCCCCCCCCUCCACCCGCCGCACCACCCAGACCUGUUCCCGAGGCAGCCCCUGCGCCUCCGCCGCCCCCGGCCCCAAAACGCGGACCAGCACCACCCCCGCCCCCAGCGCCGAGGCGGUCCGGCAAAUUCGAACCGGAGCCGGCACCGACACCGGCACCGGCACGGGACUCCCCGCCGCCGCCUGCUCGGCCUAGAUUCGCCGUCCCCCCGCCUCUUGCGGAAGCUGGGAAAUACGCACGCUCAGACCCCCCUCGUGCUGUACCAUCGCCUCCCGCCCCCGGGCCUCCGCCUCCACCUCGGCCACCUAAGACACCAAUCGAGAAUGCCGAGCCAUCACAGCGACAUGCUGUUCCCCCGCCCUUCACUGGUCAGCGAAACGUGCCCCCGCCACCCCCGAGUCGCGGUUCCGUUCCCCCCCCUCCUCCAUCUCGGGAGCCAGUCCAUGCCCACACUCCAACCGCUCCCCCGCCCUUGCCCCCCAAGGCUCCCGCCGCGAGCGCGCCACCGCUCCCACCCCCGAGCUCACGCCCGCCUCCUACACUCCCGGCUAGAAGCCCGGUCCCUCCACCGCCUGCUCCCCCGCCGCCCCGCCGCUCCCUUCAUCGAGUGCCCCUCCCACCUCCGCCUCUCCUCUCCCAUUGGCGGAAGGCCCCCCGCCGCCUCCUUCCUCCUCCUCCGUCCUCCUCCUCGGCCCGAGGCAUGGGGCCGGGAUGCCGCCCCCUCCACCCUCUCCCCCCCCACCAGACCGCCGAUAUCCGGCUAUUCGUCGAGCCGUCCCGGCCCCGGCCCCUAACCGGCAGGAUGGCGAUCCCGACCCGUUCAGCCGUGCUCGACGGUAUCCGUGGCGCGGGCGGUAUCGCCUCACUCAAAAAGGUCGACCGCUCCCAGAUCCGCGACCGAAGCGGAGUCAAUAUCGGGGGCGGUGCUGGCGGCGAUACCGGGCCGCACGGCAGCGGGUUGCCACCUGCUGGUGUCGCGGCCGGCGCCGGCGGGGGAGGCAUGGCGGAUGCGUUGGCCGCAGCGCUGCAGAAGAGGAAGGAGAAAGUCAGCCGGAGUGAUGACGAGGAUGAUGACGACGACUGGAGUUAA